AAGCUUUGGAUAAACCUCAACUAGGAUUAAUUAAUCCUCAAAAUAGAGAUGAUAAUGAAUGUUUUAAAUGGUGUAUAAGUGCAAAUCAUACAAGAGAAGAAGCAAUAAAAAAUAAUAGAAAGCCACUACAUCUUAAUGAAAUCCUUUUUAGUAAAGCUUUUGGAAAAAUAAAAGUAGAUAUAGACCCAUUAUUUAUUUCAGAACAAAAUUACCAGAUAGAACAUAUGAUAGAUUUAUUAUAUUUAACAGAAGGUGAGGAGAAUUUAAAUAAUCAAAAAAAUCCUAAUGAUAUACCAGAAGGACUUAAAACACAUUAUGUUUUUAUAACAAAUUUUAUACAAUUAAUGCAUAAAUGGAAUAAUCAUCAUGAUAAGAAAUACUUUUGUCAAAAAUGUUUACGAUUCCCAUAUAGCAGAUUAGAUUUAUUAGAGAAGCAUAUUCCAACAUGUCCAGGACCAAAUAAAGCACUACAACGAUUAAUUCUUCCUGAAGAGGAAGCUGAAGAAGCUAAAGUGGAAGAAAAAGAUAAAGAAGGAAAUACUAUAAAAAUAGCGAAACAAAAAGCAGUUUCAUAUAGAUAUACAAUACAUUGUUCAGAUGGAACUAUACAAAAACCACGAAAAUAUCAAAUAGAAAAUAAGUGUAAGAAUUGUGAAGGUAAAUUACAUGAAGCUGGAUAUAAUAAAAUUCGCAUAUUCGAUCCUGAAACUAAGAAAUAUUUAGGAGCAGGGUAUAGAAAAUGUCACGGAAAAAAACCAAUGAUUCAAGGUAAGUUGGAUGAUGAACAAAAGAAAGCACGUGGUGCUUGUAAAAAAUCUAAAGUGACAGAUGAAAAAAUAGUGCCCAUAGCAAAUAAUUCUGAACAAUAUAUUACUUUUUCAGUUGGGCAACUUCAAUUUAUAGAUAGUAUGAAAUUUUCGUUACUGGGUUUAGCUAAGAUAGCAGAAAAUUUACAAGAUGAAAAAAAAGGGGAAAACAAAACACCAGAACAACUAGCCAAAUGUUUUCUAAUUAUGUCAAAAUUCAUUUCACCUCAUUUGUUAUCAUUGCUUACACAUUUUAAUAGUGAUUUAGAUGGGUUUAAUUACUAUAAUCAUAAUUGUAGAAUAGAAAAAUGUAAGCAUGGAAAGAAGAAAGGGAAAUGCAAACAUAAAUGUCAGAAAUGUAAGCAUAAAAAAGAACCAGAAAUUCAACAUAAACUCCAAAAAAGAUGGGAGAUACAAGUGUUAAAAAGUUAUAAAUUAGAGCUUGAAAAAGAUAAGAAAAUAAAGAAAGUACUAAAACAAUAUUCAGAUGAUGAGGAACUUCAAGGAUAUAUGGAAUAUAGUAUGGAGCUUAAAUAUUAUACAGAGCUACUUGAGACCACUAAAAAACAAGUAGAGAUUGAAAGAUGUAUGCUUACAAAUGGAAUGCUUUAUGGGCAGGAAAGGGAAAUUGUUAAAUAUAACAUACAACAAAUUGCAGAUGAAAUAAUUCCUUGGGGAGAUAUUUAUGAAGAUUGGGAUAUUGAUGAAUUAUUAGCGAAAAUAUAA